AUGAGAUCUAUUGAGGAUGAUAAUUAAAACGCAUUUGAAGAAUAUAAACUAUAUGAAUAUUAAACUAUCACUUAAUAUUGGAUUAGCACAAUCAUAUUUAUUAGCAGUUUAACUAUCUUUAUUGGAGGUGUUUUACUAUCAUAUUUAUUUGAACCUCAACUUCAAGAUUGUAUUAUAUUUAUUAAUUAUUAAUCUAGCCAUCUAAUGUAUUAAUUUGAAAGACUAAUUAUAUUAUUAUUCCAUCAUAUUAAUAUUCAUAAGCAUUUGUGAAAUGUAUGUUUAUUAUCUAUUUUAGAAUUAUAUUUUUAUUUGGUUUUGGGAUGCAAUAUGCUGAUUAAAUAAAUUUUUUUGGAUAAAUAUAAAAAUAUUAAAGAAUUGAAUAAAUAGUGAUCCUCUUUACAUUUGUAAUAAUAGAGGCAUAUAUCUAUCAAAAUAGAAGAAUAUGUAAAAUUAAUAAAACAUAUUAUUCCUUAUAUGCUUUUUACUUUUGGCAAUUAUUUUGGUGUGCAUUUGUUUAUAAUUUUGAAAAUCUUACAUGA